UGCGUUUUCGCACUUCUCUAAAAUUGGAGCGGAGCUUGAAGAAAGGAAAAAGUUGCUCUGAUGAGUGGAACUAAAGAUCUUAAUGGUCUCUCUCGUAGCGUUGUGUUCCCUGACAGUCCUUCUGAAGAUAUGAACAGUUUAUUCAAAGAUUCCUGGUCAGGAGAGAGCAAUCCUUCUCCCAGCCCCAGACUACCAUUUAAUUACAGUCUUGAAGAUAGCAAGUCCGUUUUGACUGAACCAGCUUGUUGGGCUUACCGACCAUUGCCUCGCUUAGGACUACAGCCAUCCAGCACUACUUUUAGUGAUUGCGAAAAGACAAUGAUCCCAACUAGUAGUCAGUCUCAUCAUCAACUAAUGCCACCACCAAGCAUUACUACACACCGUUCAGUGUCAUUCAGUGAUCAACAUGGCAGUGAGUAUGGUUCGCCUAGCCAUGGUCUGAAAUAUCGAGAGAGAGUCUCUUCUCUUCCUACAGCUCCUCAUCAUAGUUCACUGCAGGAGCAAAUGGCUGAUCAUCAAUUUCAAUUAGUUGAUGACAUAUUUCCUAAUGUCACCCCUGAGCCAAUUGAGACCCCAAUCACUCAAUAUCAGACAAUGCAGAUAGGAGCUGAAGCAGCAACCAUAUCAAAGAAAGACAAGGCAAGCUCAAGGGGCUGGCUCGAGGUUUCUAUAGACUGUACAAUGCCCACUUCUCCGGUCUUACGAAAGGAUACUUUUAACUUUGGAAGCCUCCAAGAUACCCUCCCUUCCUCGCCUACCAGCAAAUCAAUGCUUCAAAAACGUGUCAAUAUAUCACCUCCAGCUUCAGGAACAGCAGCAUCAAUUGCGAUUGCUUCCCCCGUGGAUUCUAACUGUCUGGUAAAGAAAUUGCUACCAUUGCCUACCGAUGAGACGUACUCUCGAAAAGUAUUCAUUGGUGGACUCCCUCCAGAUAUUGAUCAAGAAGAGAUCAGGAUGUCUUUUCAGAAGUAUGGCUCUGUUACAAUAGACUGGCCACACAAGAUUCAUUCAAAGUCUAGAGUUCCUCCAAAAGGUUAUGCUUUCCUGUUGUUCAAGGAUGAAGGUUCUGUACACAAGCUAUUGGCUUGUUGUGUGACUGAGAAUGACAAGCUUUUUGCAUAUAUUAAGUACUAUGUCACUGGGACCAGCAUUACAAGGAAAAAGUGUCAGAUUAGACCAUGGAAAAUCACUGAUAGCUACUACUUUGCCAAUGAAGACAAGAAAGUUGACAACCGUAAGGCAGUAUUUGUUGGAGGAGUUCCAAGGCCACUGAAAGCCAGAGAGCUGGCAGAAGUCAUGACAGAAAAGUUUGGACCUGUUUCAUUUGUUGCAAUAGACUGUGAUACUGAACUAAAGUAUCCCAAAGGUGCAGCUUGUGUUGUUUUUGCAACUCAUGCAAGUUACAUUGCAUCAGUUUCAUCAAGGUUUAUGCAACUGGUCUUUGGUGCAUUAGAAAAGAAAGUUGAAGUCAAGCCAUACAUUUUAGAAGACCAGUUAUGUGAUGAAUGCAAUGGAAUACAGAGUGAUGGACAACCUGCCCCUUUCUUUUGUGGUAGCGUUACAUGCCUCAAGUAUUACUGUGAACACUGUUGGGCUACUUUUCAUUCACUCUCUGGUCGGCAAAACCAUCGACCAAUGUUUAAGGAUAUUUUUGACCGUGACAAGUUUUCCUAAGUUAUUUCCCUACCUGCAUUACCCCUAUAUACCCCUAUAUAUCAAGAGAGUCUACUGACGUUUAAAGGCACAGUCAUCACAUUUGUUUCUAUGCAACUUACUUUGUUUUUAUUGACGAGCCCAGUUUUGUAUUUGUUUCUACUUAAACUCGUCACAUCGAGUGUUGUUUUGUGUAUUUGCUCCUCACCAGUCUCCCUCCCUCUAUCUCUCUCAUGCAGUUUAUACUAUAAUACUAUAGGCAACCAUAUCAUUAUUACACUGAGGAAUCAUUUCUCAUUCAUUCUUAUUAAUAUUAUUCAUAGUA